AUGGAGCGCUGGGAUUCACUGGGGUUUUUGAUUAUCACUCUCAACUACAAUGUGACCAUUGUUGGAAAGAUCUGGCUGAUGUUAGUGAUCUUGUUGAGGAUGGCGGUGAUAGUGUUAGCAGGAUAUCCACUCUACCAAGAUGAGCAGGAACGGUUCAUCUGCAACACCUUGCAGCCUGGAUGCUCCAAUGUGUGCUAUGACAUUUUUUCUCCUGUCUCUCAUUUUAGAUUUUGGCUCAUUCAGACAGUGUCUGUACUGUUACCUUAUGCUGUGUUCAGUGUCUAUGUUCUGCAUAAGGUAGCCAUGCACAUAGUAAGAGCACACUGUUUGCCAUGUAGACAUAAAAGGAUUAAAGACUUCACUAGCCACAAAGCUUUGAAGGAACCCAGCAGAAGGGCUGCCAUCACUAGACCAGCCUGUAAGGCUGACUACUUGAGCAUCCCUGAUUUUUCUGGGGCUUACAUUGUUCACCUUUUCCUAAGGACAUUGGCUGAGGCUGCCUUUGGAGCUGGGCACUACUAUCUCUUUGGAUUUUUUGUUCCCAAGCGCUUUUCCUGCUACCAUUCUCCUUGUACGAGCAUGGUUGAUUGCUACAUCUCCCGGCCCACUGAGAAAACUAUCAUGAUGAUUUUCAUUUGGGGAGUCAGUGGCCUCUCCUUUCUCCUUAGUCUUAUUGACCUAGCUUUUGCCAUCCAGCGAAUGGCAGUAAGAAAACAGCCAAAUAAGCAGCUGAUUACAAGUCUCCAUGAAGAGAAUGAGUUCAAUUCAGACCUGCCUCCAACUGACAAGCAUGGAGGCUCUUCACCAUUUCAGGAAGACAGAGGCUGUCCACCUCCAGCCAUGAAUGAUAAUCCCGUCAGUGAAGGUUCUUGUUCACUCCUCUCUGAAGAGGAAGAAGAAUCUGCUCUUCAUCCUCAAGUUCUCUCUCAGCAAACUGUCAGCUCAAACCUUAACAGUAACAGCAACAAGCCCUACACAGCAGAUGGCCUUGCUGCUAAUCACGUGGGCAAUGAAACACACUUAUGUGGCAGCAAUCAACAAGGGAUUCCAUACAGGCAGUCAGGACCUGGGUAUCACCAGGGCUUCACCAAAGAGCCUGUCCUUGCUUUGAGCCCCCAGGCCAAGUCACCGCUCGGCGUUUAUUCCUCCGUAGUUCAGAGCAAGCUUUUAGGGCAAUAUUCAUCAGCUGAGCUAAAAGCAUCAGACACGCAAUCAAAUUGUAGCAGUUCUGGUUACUUAAGGUCAAAAAAAUCUGAAUGGGUUUAA